AUGACGUACAAUAUCCGUCACGGGAAUCCACCAUCGGGAAAAGACGGUAUGAUCGAUUUAACUCAAUGUGCUCGAGUGAUCAUUGGUGAACAUGCCGAUCUCGUUGCUCUUCAAGAAGUUGAUGUAAAUACACAACGAACAGGUAGAAAUUUAAAUGAAAUUGAAGAAUUAGCGCGUCUAACUGGAUUGAAGUAUUUCUUCUUUUCAAAAUCAAUGGAUUAUCAAGGUGGAGAAUAUGGAAAUGCUCUUCUGUCGAGAUUUCCUAUUAAAGAUACAUUUCGAUAUGAAUUGCCAUUAGGUACUAGCGAAGAACAACGGUCUAUCGGUAUCAUAAGAGUUGAACUUCCAGCAUCUAAAUAUCCUCUUUAUUUUGCAUCGACUCACCUUGAAAUAUCGGAUGAAUCUGUUCGUCUGUUACAAGUGAAAAAAAUAUUAGAAAUUACUUCAGUAUAUUCUCAACAACAGUUCAUUCUUGCUGGAGACAUGAAUUCGCUUCCAUUGAGUGAAACGAUCAGAAAACUUCAAGAAGGAUUUACUCUGAGUUGCAAUAUAAACAAAUGUCAACCGACAUUUUCGUCAGAUAAGCCAACCCAAACAAUCGAUUAUAUCAUGAUUAAUAACCGGACAAAAUCACUAUAUAACAUUAUCAGUUACACGACAAAAUCCAAUGUCUAUGCAUCAGAUCAUUUCCCAGUAAUAACUGUACUAAAAGGAUCUUUUGUAAAUUUUCAGUUGUUUACGUUUUGA